ACUGAGGCAUUGGCAUUCAAAUGGAGGCGCGGAUAAAUGUCAUCAGCGGGCUGACUGUGAUUUACAUGCGACAGCGAAUCAGUUGGACAGAUCUUCAGUUGCUAUUGUUAAGCUGUCUAAUACAAAUCAAAAUGAAAUUCUUCACCAUCAUUUGCCUAGUGUGUGCCCUUUUCGGUCUGACCUACGCCGCUAAGGAUGCCAUCUGUGAUCAACCUGCUGGUGCCGACGGCAAUGGUCUAAUCAAGUGUGCCGCCUUUAUGCCCAGCUGGACCUAUAACCCAGCAUCGAAUUCCUGCUCCAGCUUCGUCUAUGGCGGCUGCGGUGGAAACUCCAAUCGCUUCACCACCCAGGAAGCAUGUGAGGCCAAGUGCAAGGAAUAAGCCACCAAUUGAGACCGAUUUAAUGUAAUAUACAUACCUACAUUCAUAUUAUUUGCUUUGGAAUAAAAUUACUUUAGUUAAUGAAAUCGAAA